UCUCUGUGGGUUUGUGUUGUUGUUUGAUGCGUCAACUGAGUUUCUGCGUUGUCGAGUCAGAAACAACAAAAAAGAAAAAAUGGAAGAGAGCUGCGCCGUAUGCGCCGAGAAUCUAGAAUGGGCUGCUUACGGAUUCUGCGGCCACAGAGAGGUUUGCUCUACCUGCGUUGUUCGUCUCCGCUUCAUUCUCGGCGAUCGCCGCUGCUGCAUCUGCAAAACUGAAUGCCCCAUCGUCUUCGUCACAAAGGUCUCAACUUUGCAGGAGCUUGGUGAUGAUGAUACAAAGACGAUUACUGAUUUCUCGACCUUCCCAUCAGACCCAAAAGAAGGCCGUGUAGGCUCUUUCUGGUACCAUGAAGAAACCAAAGUCUUCUUCGAUGACUUCAACCAGUACUCAAGGGUUAAGUCGAUGUGCAGACUCUCCUGCACCUCUUGUGACAAGACAAAGAAGGGAUCUAAAUCUAACCAUCGUUUGCGGUUUAAGAGCGUUGAACACUUGAACGAUCACUUGAACCAUCAGCAUAAACUGCACAUGUGUAGUUUAUGUCUUGUGGGUCGUAAGGUGUUCAUUUGCGAGCAGAAGCUAUUUACUAAAGAGCAGCUGAAUCAACAUAUAAGUAGCGGUGACUCUGAAGUUGAUGGAAGCGAGAGUGAGAGAGGAGGCUUCACUGGUCAUCCUAUGUGCGAGUUCUGUAAGCGUCCUUUCUAUGGUGGCAACGAGCUUUACACUCACAUGUCUAGAGAGCAUUACACCUGCCAUAUAUGCCAAAGGCUGAGGCCGGGUCAAUAUGAAUAUUAUGGAAACUAUGAUGAUUUGGAGGCUCACUUCCGCAGUGACCAUUUCUUAUGUGAAGACGAGUCUUGCCUUGCUAAGAAGUUCAUAGUUUUCCAAAUCGAAGCUGAGUUGAAAAGGCACAAUACCGUUGAUCAUGGUGGUAGAAUGUCUCGGUCUCAGCAAACCGCAUCGUUACAGAUUCAAUCGGGUUUCCAGGUCCAGAGUCGCCGAGGGAGAAGGCGAUCAUCUCAACCAUCUUAUCAUUCUUAUGCCGUUGACGACGGUUAUCCUCUUCUUCAACCUAUGAGUAGCUCUGGAGGUUCACGUCUGGGAGAAUCUUCUGUCCCUCCACUCUCUGUGCAAUCAUCAAACCGCGGACAAACCAGACUUGGACAGAACUCAGAGAGUAACAAUCUAAGACAUCAUCAGACAAGUAGAAGUGCAGCUGCUGCUGGGUCUUCUCAAGCCUGGCCAGCGUUAAGACGAGGAGGCCCAACUCAAGCAUCUGUUGCAAGCAGUAUACAAUCUUCUAGCGCUUCUCCUCAGCCUCAAUCUAGAACUCUUGCUUCUGCAGUUGGUGGAUGUACAUCUGGUUCUUCACUGAAUCUCAGCAAUGCAAAGAGGAAUCAUCACACAUCUUCUUCAACCCCUCAAAUGUCUGAUACAAGAUCACUAGAGCAGCCUUCUCAUUCUGGCUCUCCUCCAGUUUCUGCUGUGAAAAAUCGCAGGUCGUCAUCAUCAUCAUCUGCCAAUGCGAAGGUGUCAAACAUAGGUGGUUCCGAUCCGCAGUCUGAUAACAAGAGUUUGGUUGAUAAAAUACGUGCCAGCCUCGGUGACGAUGAAGAGUUAUUCAAGGCCUUCAAGGAUACAUCAGGAAAGUAUCGUCACGGUAUCAUCGAUGCAAGAACUUACUUAGAGUAUGUGAAAGGGUAUGGCUUGUCUCACUUAGUUCUUGACAUGGCUAGACUCUGCCCUGACCCUAAGAGACAGAAGGAGCUCGUCGAUGCCCACAAUGCUUGCUUGAGCAGAGGAAACGAUAGUUCACAGGCGAAAGAGAGCUGCGGUUUGAAGAAAAACAAAGGGAAAGCUGUAAAGGUUGAAAGUAGCAGUGAAAAAUCUCAGGACGAAGACAAGGAGAAGAAGAAGAAGAUAGAGAAAGACAAAGGCAAAACGGUUGUGGACUCUUCGUCUGGUGGUGGAGGAGUGGGAUUAGGCAACAACAGUGGCAUUGGGAAGCAAUUUAAGAAAACUCCAAAGUUUCUCAGAGCACGUCUUGGCGAGAAAUCAGUGGCUGCAAUACUUGCUUCUAACUCGAAAGAGCCUGAAGCAGAAUCCAAGAACGAUCACUCCAAGAGUAGCCAGAGCUCUACCGGGGAGUUGCAACUUCGUGGUGCUUGGCGGAGAGGAAGUGCUAAACUCUUCUCCUAGGAAAAUAGACAAUGCUAUGACAGAUUUUGCACAGAGGGAACCCAAGUCUAGAUCAUCCAACAGUCAUAUAAGCUUAAGUAUAGACAAUGCAUGUGUUAUGUGUCUUUUUUUAUUCUUAUUGUAGCGACAAAGCUUAUGUUGAAGUAUAUGGGACUAACAUCGUUUUUGUGCAA